CAAUAUCUCAGCGAGCGAGUGGCCGCGCAAAGAAGCAGCCCGCGUUCCGUUCAGUCUUAGAAUUAACAAACACCGCAAAAGGCUUUGAGAAAACCUUUCAUUUGUUCUGCGGACAGGAAAAAAUACGUCGUGUGGAUGAGGACAAAUCGCUGCCACGGCUGAGAACUGGUUUCUUCAGGGAAUAAAAUCAGCCAUCCUCUGCCAUCAUGUCAGGGAUGUCUGAUGGCAAAAAGAAGUGGGCCACGGUCAGGGAUCGCCUGGGUUCCUCUCAGGACUCCGACACCCAGCAGGAGGCCAACCUGGAAAGUGCUGACCCAGAACUGUGCAUCAGGCUGCUGCAGGUUCCCACCGUGGUCAACUACUCCGGACUCAAGCGCCGCCUGGAGGGUAGCGACGAGACAUGGAUGGUCCAGUUCCUGGAGCUGAGCGGCCUGGAUCUUCUCCUGGAGGCCCUGGACCGCCUCUCGGGGCGGGGCUGCUCUCGCAUCGCAGACGCCCUGCUGCAGCUCACCUGCGUCAGCUGUGUGCGAGCGGUCAUGAACUCCUUGGCGGGGAUCCACUUCAUCAUCGACAACGAAGGAUACGUCCGCAAGCUGUCCCAAGCGCUGGACACAUCCAACACCAUGGUGAAGAAGCAGGUGUUUGAGCUGCUGGCGGCCCUCAGCAUGUUCUCUGCAGAUGGUCAUCGGCUCUCCCUGGACGCCCUUGAUCACUACAAGGGUGUAAAGUUGCAGCAGUAUCGCUUCAGCGUGAUCAUGAACGAGCUGCAGACCACCGAUAAUGUCCCGUACAUGGUCACACUGCUCAGCGUCAUCAAUGCCGUCAUCUUUGGGACAAACGACCUCCGGCAGAGAGAUAAGAUGAGAAAGGAGUUUAUUGGGCUGCAGUUACUUGAUGUGCUUCCUAAAUUAAGGGAGCAGGAGGAUGAAGAUCUGAUCAUUCAGUGUGAAGCGUUUGAAGAUGCCAUGGCUGAAGAUGAGGAGGAGCUGCUGCGACUCUACGGCGGCGUUGACAUGAGUAACCACCUGGAGGUCUUCACUGCUCUCUUCAACAAGGUGAGCAGUUCUCCAGCGUCUCUCCAGCUGCUGUCCAUCCUGCAGACCCUGUUGGUUCUGGGACCAGGCCGCUCAGAUAUCUGGCUGGCACUGGACACCAUCGCUAACAGAGCUGUUCUGCUAGCUGAGAACUCCCAGAUGGAGUCCAGUGAGAAGGUCAUGCAGCGCCUCCUGUUUUCCAGAGGAAAGAUCUGUGCAGACAGUGUGGAUGGGCUGACUGUCAAAGUGGACAAAGCUAUUCAAACGGAUCUGACUGAUCUGGACGGGAUGGAGAAAAGCUCUGUGGCCUCCCAAAUACCCCAGUCUGUUCUACCACCACCUCCUCCUCCACUGCCAUGUGGCUCCAGGCCCCAACUUUUCAGUCAGUGUCCACCGCCACCUCCGCCUCCACCAUUACCCGGAGGAUUUGGUGGACCCCCGCCACCUCCGCCUCCACCAUUACCCGGAGGAUUUGGUGGACCCCCGCCACCUCCGCCUCCACCAUUACCCGGAGGAUUUGGUGGACCCCCGCCACCUCCGCCUCCACCAUUACCCGGAGGAUUCGGUGGACCCCCACCACCUCCACCAUUACCUGGAAUACCGCCACCACCAGCCUGUGGUCCAGGCAUUCCUCCCCCACCCCCAUUACCAAUGACCAGCACUGGACUUCCUCCACCUCCUGCUUUACCUGGUAAAUCACCUCCUCCUCCACCUCCUGGCAUGAUAGUGGCUCAGAGCGGCCAGUCUCUUGGGUGUAGUCCACCUAAAAAAGCAAACCGCCGUCCCACCCUGAGGAUGAAGAAGCUGAACUGGCAGAAACUACGUAAGGUUACUGAUGAUUCAUCCAUGUGGGCCUCCGUUCACAAAGAACCUCCUGCUCAGGAGCCAAACUACAGCAGCAUCGAGGAACUGUUCUGUCUCCCGGUGACGGAACACAAAGACAAAGAGGCCGCCGUGCCUGUCAAGAAGGAGCCAAAAGAGAUUACAUUCAUCGAUCCCAAGAAAAACCUGAAUCUGAACAUUUUCCUGAAGCAGUUCAAAUGCACUAAUGAGGACUUUGUGGGUAUGAUUCAGAGUGGCGACACCACCCGCUUUGACGUGGAGGUGCUAAAACAACUUUUAAAGCUCCUACCAGAAAAACAUGAGGUUGAGAAUCUGAAAUCUUACCAAGGAGAAAAGGAGAAGCUGGCUAAUGUUGACAGAUUCUACCUCUGCCUCCUGACUGUGCCAUGGUACCAGCUGAGGAUCGAGUGCAUGUUGCUGUGUGAGGAGACUGCGUCUGUGCUGGAAAUGCUCAAACCUAAAGUCAAGCUGGUGGAGGAGGCCUGCCAGUCUCUCAGAAGAAGCGCCCUCAUGCCCAGCUUCUGCAAGCUCAUCCUCGACGUCGGGAACUUUCUCAACUACGGAAGUCACACGGGGAACGCAGAGGGCUUCAAGAUGAGUUCUCUGCUCAAGCUGACCGAGACCAAAGCCAACAAGAGUCGCAUCACUUUGCUUCAUCACAUCCUUGAGGAAGCGGAGGCGACUCAUCCGGAGCUGUUGGCUCUGCCAGAUGACAUCGAGAUCUGUGAGAAAGCAGCAGGAGUGAACCUGGAUUCUAUCCAGUCAGAAACCAACGACUUGCUGAAGCGACUGAAUGAGACUCGGAAAAAAAUCUCGAACUCUACAGAAGAGGUCAAAGAGCAGUAUGCCAAGAUCCUCGAGGGAAGUCUGGAUUCAUGCCGAACUUUAACCAAUAGGUUUUCUGAGAUUAACGAGAAGAAAAAUGAACUGGCGCUGUACUUCUGUGAGGAUCCCAACCAGCUGUCUCUGGAGGAACUCUUUGGAACCAUCAAGACUUUUCGAAAUCAGUUCAUCAAAGCGCUGAAGGAAAACAAAAGCAGAAAAGAACUGGCAGCCAAAGCUGAGAAGAGGAAACGGGAGCUGGCAGAGGAAGAGUCCAAGAGACAGAAGGGAGAGAAUGGAAAAAUAAUUAAAAAAGGCUUUCUGCUGCAGAAUGACGACUGCAUCAUUGACCACCUCCUGGCAGACAUCAGGAAAGGUUUCACCCUGAGGAAGACCAGGCCAAGGUGCGAUACGGAAAGCCUCCCCUCUAGUGAAAUGCGUAGGGAUUCCUGCCCGACUGGGGCAAGUGUGAAGCCUGUAGACGAAGAAGAUGGAGCCUCAGCACUAGAACUGGCCACCUCAGCAGGAGGGCAGCAAGCCAAUGGAGGCGAAGUGAACGGCUACUUCCGCCAACCAGAAGAGAUUCCAGCACAGAGUCCAGUGCAACACGAAGCAGCUGCACUUCCCAAAACAGCCCCAGGAGCCCCCACAAUGUCACCAAGCAGUCUUCAAGCUGCAACACAGCCUCAGGUGGAAGCUGAACAUAAAAAGUGUCCUCCCACAAAUGGCUUUGCAUUUGACGCAUCUGAGACAAGUAUCUCUGACAGAAGCAAAAAUCAACCUUUGUCGCCAGAUUCUGGUUUGGCGGAAGAUGUGAUUGAUGGAACUUUGACCAUGGUGUCUGAGAUGUUAAUCCAGGAAAUCCAAAGUGACCCUGGUGGUACAGAGGGUGGUGACAAAAUAGUGAGAGAUGGUAACACAAGGUGUUUGACUGUUGACAAACAGGAGCCUCAAGAAGAGCAAGAUUGUAGAACAUCGAGAAGCUCCAACCAAGAUGAGCUGAGUUACAAAUAUUCAGACUGUAAACAGAACCAGGAUCUGCUUAGUGAGGGCAUCCAGGAGUGUGAUGCUGCAGAAGACCUGCCAGCCAUAUCUGAAGCAAUGCCUCCAUUUCUAAAGCCCGAACCAAAGAAACGGCAGAGCCUCUUUACGCGAAACAAAAAGAAGCAUAAUCAAGGUAACAGUGGAAAAGGACAAACUAAACAUAAAAAAGGCUGCACGUUGCAGUGAGGUGUCUCCAGAAAAAGGAAAUCUAAAGGAAAAAGAAAAUGUUAAUCCAGGAGACAUCAGUGGACUACGGCUUUAUUUUAUUUUGUCAGAUUUAAAAAAAAAAAAGUUACCUUUUGUUUAAAACCCCCAGAUUGUUGCAGCACUGAUGGAAACUUGUCACUUUAUGUAAAUGAAUUCUGCUUAAAUUGUGACUUUAAUUAUGACAUGUUGAAAUAAGUUAAAUAUGCUUUGCUAUUUUGUAUAACUGUAACAUGCUGCUUAUUUUGUCAUGGAUUUUAUUUGCUUUUCAACAUGUGAAAUAAGAUAUUUAGCGCAAAAUAUUCUGCUGUCUUUAAGCUUCAAUUGUUUAGCUUUAAUAUAUCUAACAAAAUAUAUAUUGCAGCUUUUCAUGUUAAAUAUAUUUUAAUAAAAGUGAAUUUAUU